CCCUCCAAGCCCCCCACCCCGACGGAGCACAGCUUGGAGUCACGAAGUGCGGGGCCCGUGGCCCAGCCUCACGCAUGGCAGAGCAGACAGGUGGGAGCAGCACAGAGCUGAUGGGGGGAGCAGGAGACAGAGGCCCAGGGCAGCCCGGUGGCUGUCCCGGGGGGGAGGGGAGCAGCCGGGUUACCAACCCUCCGUAAAUUCACCGACAGGCUAAAACUGGGUCUGUCCAUAAAGCCAUUUAGAUUUCAGUAAAAAAAAAAACCGCCACAGGGGAGGUGGAGAGUUUCUCCUUGGGCCUGGGGCGAACCUCCUGGUGGGGGCUCCCCUGACCUGCUGCUGGCUGGGGGGGUGGCGGGGCUGGCUGCUCUUCUCUGUCUCUGGCUUUGACCUCUUCUUCUGCUUUAUAAUUCAGCCCCUGUGCCUCUUGCUCCAUAUCUGUCAUCUGAAGACGUGGGUUGUGCCCACGAAAGCGCGUGAUACCAUCGAUAUACUUCGUGGUUCGCCUCAAAGCCGAGACAGGACCAUGGUUGGUUUUUUGGUGGGCCUGCGUGAGCACACACCCCACGCCUUGGGGAGAGGACGGGGUGCAGCGGGCCGGGUGUAGCUGCCUCCCACAGCCUCUGUCGGUACCUCACAGCAGGACAGUCACUUAACUCUCCGAAAUGAGCUGUCCGCGCUAAUGCUGGGAGGAGCUGUGAUUCAGAAAUGGACCUGGAAGAAUUCCUACAGCGUGUGUUGCCCGGGAGCGUGGCUGUGCCAACGUACGAGCCCAACAGGAGGACGCCGAGGUGGCUAGGAAGUGUAGGGCCCUGGCUCCCUCUUGUCCUCCUCUGCAGCUGCGUCCACUUCCCAAGCACAGAUGCAGCUGCUGACCUGCGCCCAGAGAUCAUUGCUCCCCUGAAGCCUGUGAGAACGCCGGCCCUGGGGGACCGUUUCAGUCUCAGCUGCCAGGCUCGGAGCCGCUUCCCGGGGAUGUCUCUCAUCUACUGGCUGGCAAACGGCUCCUUCGUGGAGGACCGGUACCUGGAUGCAGCCGUGAGCGAAGGGGCUGUUAGAGAGGAGCCUGACAGCAAGGGGACCCUGCUGAGCCGGGAGCUGCUCUUCAGCUCCUUCUCGGUGCAGGACUGGCGCACGUCCUUCGUGUGCAUGGUGAAGAACCCAGCCGGGCUGAGCACGGCACCGGUCCACUGGCUGCCUGAGCCGCCCGCCCAGGGCUGGGAGCCCCAGCAGGAGACGAUGGAGGACGGACAGCCCCCGAGUACACACACGCCGUUGACUGGGAAGGGAGCAUGGACCGCGCACAAGGACAGCAGUGGACACCGCCAAGCCCCCCCCCCGCCGCCCCCAGCAGUGCCCCCUCCACGUCUCAGGCAGCUGUGCUGCCCUUCCCCCACCCUGCUUGGAGGCCGGCAGGACGGCAGCUCCCCCGGAGUCACCGUGGUGCCUGGACCCCAGCUCUACGCUCAGCCGCGCCCCCUGACUGCUCUGCUGCGCUCCGACACCACGCUGGGGAGGCUCCUGGGGUCGGCCCAGGGCAGCAGCAGUGGGGGCUGGUAA